CACACUGUAUAGCUACAGCUGUUCCAACACAUCCAGACAUACCAUGACAGUGAGGAAUCUGACCUCCAGUAACCAUGGGGAGAUAUGGCAGUGUAAUGUUUUCCCACUCAGCGGAGGGGUAAUAUACAGCAAAAAUGUUACUAUCAGCGUACAAGUCCCAGUCACAAGCGUAGCCCUCAGUCCUUCAACUGAUGUUACAACAGUUAAUGUGUCACAGCCUGCCACCUUCGAAUGUAUAGUUCCCCGUUCAAUACCCAGUGCUACAAUCGUAUGGUACAAGAACAGUUCAGGAGGGAUCAGUGACGUAAUUCCUUCAACCAGUAACAGUAACGCUCUGAACUCUGAUGGUACUGUAAGAACUACUGGUAGACUCACGUUGAGUCCCAGCAAGACAGACAAUGGAGUGGUAUUGUAUUGUAAUGCGACCAAUGGAGGAACCAGCAGGACGUCACAACAGUUAAUUCUUAACGUUCAGUAUAAGUCGACUAUUGAUCGUUUCGGAAUAGUGGGAAAUAUGGGUAGUUCUGAUAUCACUGUCAACGAAAACGUGUCCUCCACCAUAGCCUGCUAUGUGGACAGUAAUCCGGGAUCUGCAAUAACCUUGCUUAAAGAUGGUAUUCUUAUUAAAAAGACUUGGGGCAGCCAUGAACUUGAGUCCACAUUAAGAAAUUACUGCAAUGACUCUGGCGUCUACACUUGUACCAGCGUAAAUGAUUACAACACAGACGGGGCAUCUAUAAAGAAUAUAUACUAUAAUGUCCAAUGCGCUCCCAGAAGAUCUCCAAAUAGAGACAUUCUCAAGAACGUCAGCAGCGCAAACAAUGAAAACGUUACUUUGGUAUUUUACACCAUUGCCUAUCCCGCACCACAAUUUUCUUGGCAAAAGUGUGCUCCAACCUGUACAAAAAUUACCGAUGGAAUGAAGUAUAAGAUUGUUUCUGAGGACUUGGAAUCGAAUUUAACCGUACUCAACAUUCAGCAGUCUGACUAUGGAAGCUAUCAAGUUGUCGUCAGUAACACCAUUGGGUCAGCCUGGAUCGAGCAUUAUAACAUCCUUCGUCAAGCUAAACCGAGCGUGCCGGGAUACUUCCAUUACACACAACACUUGCAAAAUCAAACAACAGUGGCUUUUUACUGGCUACCUGGAGAUAACGGAGGAUCUGUGCAGACAUUUAUUAUCGAAUACAAAACAACUGGCUCGCAAGUAUGGGAGCAAAUUUCUGUUGUGGAGAAAACAUCAACGCCACUGAUGAAUGCCAGCGUUGACAACCUAAGCACUGGAACGGAAUAUCAAGCAAGGAUAUUUGCUAGAAACAAGUUUGGAGCAUCAUAUGGUACUGACACAAUAACCUUUUUAACACCAGGUAAAUAA